UUUCGAAUGCAGGUUUUCACGCGAGUGAUAAUAAAAGUUUACAGUUUUUCUUACCUGCUAGCGAGCUCGGCACGAAACCGAUGUUGAUUGAUUUCGCUUUGACGACGCGUAAUUAAUUCGAUUAGCUGAGAGUUGGUGACGAAAAGACCUUGGACAAAUUCCGCAAGAAUAAAGAACAAAACAUCUAGCUAGUGAUCCGUGGAGAAGUGAUUUUUUUUCUCGCAAGAGGAAAAGGUAAACAAGAUGAGUAACCACCUUCCGGAAAGCCCUCCGGAGAUCGGUGACCAUGAUCCGGAGCAGGGAGAUCCAGCGGGAAGCUGUCGGGAGAGUAUGUUGAUAACGACCGAUUCGAUUGAGGAGUUUUCCCAGGAAAUAAGCACCAGUCUGGCUGAUGGAGCUUCGGAAGAACCGAACACUACUGAUAAGAAUGGUUUAGCAGAGGCAGACACAGAAGAUAAAGAACGCAUCGAAAGCAGUGCGGAGGAGACUGCGGGAGGAAAUAUUGUAAAAAUCCAUCAGGAUGGAUUGACUGUAGAUAAGGACAGCGAAUCAGCGAUGAGUAAAUCUAGUUCGUUUAGCAGCGCCAGGAGUCGAGAAUUGACUGCUUCUUGUACGAGUCUGGCAGAGGAAGGAACCUCUUCAAGUAUUGCAGCUAGUUCAAAUGGAGUACAGAAUGAACCACCGGAAGUAGAAGAUUACCUUCACGAUCCAAGUUUUUUGAAAAGAAAAAAGCAUGUUUUCAUUCUUAGUUCAGCUGGCAAACCCAUAUAUUCUAUGCAUGGGAAUGAAGACAAACUGGCCACAAUCUUCGGGGUCAUGCAAGCCUUGGUCAGCUUCGUUCAGAGUAACAACGAUUCCAUCAAAUCGAUUCAUGCGAUGGGCGUCAAAUUUGUCUUUCUGGUGAAAUCGCCCUUGAUUCUGGUAGCGAUUUCAAGGACAAGCCACAGUGUCCAACAAGUCCAACUGCAGCUGACAGACGUAUACAAUCAAAUACUGUCUACUCUGACGCUGAGUCACAUGCAGAAAACUUUCGAAAGAAGAAAGAACUUUGACCUUCGCAGGCUACUCGCCGGAAGUGAACGUCUCAUAGAUCAUCUUCUAGUCAACGACAAGUGUGACCACAAACUAGUCAGCAACAAUCCGUUCAGUUUUAUGACCCACUCGGUCAGAAUUCUGCCGCUGCCUUCUAGCACCCGGGAUACCAUCAUCUCGGCCAUCCAAACGAACUGUAACAAGAUCAAAAACCUCGUCUUUGCCGUGCUGAUUGCCAACAACAAACUGAUUGCGCUGGUUCGCAUGAAGAAAUAUUUCAUACACCCGGCAGAUUUGCGGCUCAUUUUCAAUCUGAUCGAAUGUUCCGAGAGUUUCAAGUCGGCCGAAAGCUGGACGCCCAUCUGUUUGCCCAAGUUCGAUUCCAGUGGGUUCCUGCACGCCCAUGUAUCGUACCUGGCCGAGGACUGUCAGGCCUGUUUGUUGCUGCUGUCGAUCGAGCGGGACGUUUUCUUCGUGCUAUCGGAGGCUAAACGAAAAAUAACGGAGAAACUGCGCCGCAGCAACUGCUUGGAAGCUAUCAACGAUGCGAUGAACAACAAGGGCAUUAAUUUGAAGAACAUUGGCAUACCCGAGAUUCGGCAUUUUAUCUACAAGAGCAAAUCAAACGCCCAGCUGCUGUGUUCGGAAAUAACUGCCCCCUACUCGAGCAUCGGUCAGUUCAAACGGCUGGAAGGAAUUUACUUCGAGCUGCACCAUCGAAUUCACAAUUCCGGCCGACCCGUUAAGCUGAUCUAUCAGAUGCAACAAAAGGAGAUCCUGCUGGCAUGGGUCACCCAAUCGUACGAGAUCUUUGCCGCCUUUGAGCCAACGGUGCAUCGCAACGAGGUCAUCAAUUUAGUCAACAAGCUUCUAAAGUGGAUCAAGAAAGAGGAGAACAGUUUGUUCAUUCUGUCGGCUCCGACGUUCUAGGAGAGCGGCGGGUCCUUCUUUCCAUCCUUUCCACUGUUUUCGUUCUCGAUUCAUCCGAACGGAAGCGGUUGAAUGUGUGGUUUAAGAAGGACUCGUAAGUUUAACAGUGGAUUGACUUAUCACAAACGUUAUGCCACCAUAAACUUUAAAUUAUAUUUUCUAAGGUUUUAUUCUUCCUUGUGUAGUGUUAUUUAAAAUUUAAAAAGCAAUAGUGAAAACUUGAGGAUAUUUAAACUGCACUAUAUAAAUUGAGAAUCAUAGAUAUAUUUAUAGAAACAGAACUAUAAGAUGUUUCUAGAACAAAUCUUUCCAGAUCAACUUUCUGAAGUAAGUGCAAGACUGUUUGCUUGGGAUGUUUUGGGUGUUGUGAGAUGUCACCACGCCAUUAUUAGGAAUUUUUUGGACAGUUUGCAUGACUUGAAUGGCAAUCGGUAUUAUAUUGAGCCCUAACCAAUGUUGUAGAUAGAUGUUGAAACUGUAAAUUAAGGAUAUAUUUUUCAUUUAGUGUAGACAAUACCGAACUCAAGCUGUAGUUAAUUUGUAAUUAAUCAAUGAAUAAAUACCGACAAAUAAAAAUAU